GUGAGUCGUUUACCUCGUAAAGAGUAGUCGAGGGUCUUUUUCCACGGCAGAAAGUGUUGCGGUGGUUUUGUGCAUACCAGCAGUCCACAUUUUUCAUAAUUUUUCGUUAUUGAACGUUAUUCACAGUAAUAAUGAAACCUUUGAUGUUGCACGGGCACGAGCGUGCCAUAACAAAAAUCAAAUACAACAGAGAGGGAGACCUCAUAUUCUCCGCGAGUAAAGACAAAAAUCCAAAUGUCUGGUGGUCCCUCAACGGCGAGCGUCUAGGUACAUUCAAUGGCCACAACGGUUCAAUCUGGUGCAUCGACGUCAACUGGGACACCACGCGUUUCAUGUCCGGGUCUGGAGACAACACCUUGAGGAUUUGGGAUUGUCAAACUGGCAGGGAAAUUGGUCAGCUGCCCACCAACAGCUCCGUGAGAACCUGUCAAUUCAGCUACUCCGCAAACACAGCUGUCUACUCCACUGACAAAGCCCUUGGACACCAGUGCGAGAUGUUCAUCAUCGACACAAGGACUGUUGACCCAGUUCUCUCCCAGGAGGACGCCAUCCGCAGGAUUCCAAUCAAUGGACCACGUAUCUCAGCCAUUCUCUGGGGUGCUCUCGAUGAGACCAUCAUCACUGGACAUGAGGAUGGGGAAAUCAACAUCUGGGACGUCAGGACUGGAAAGAUAUUGACGAGCGCCAAGGGCCACAGAUCCCAAAUAAACGACAUGCAGUUCAACAAAGACGGAACAAUGUUCGUAACAGCAUCGAAAGACCACACGGCCAAGCUAUUCGACAGCGAGCAGCUCGUCCACCUGAAAACGUACAAAACAGAGCGUCCAGUAAACUCCGCCACGAUAUCCCCGAUUUUCGACCACGUGGUUCUUGGAGGAGGUCAAGAUGCCAUGGAUGUCACCACCACCUCUGCUCGCCAAGGGAAAUUCGAUGCCCGUUUCUUCCAUCUGGUCUUCGAGGAGGAAUUCGCCAGGCUCAAGGGGCACUUCGGACCCAUCAACUCUCUCGCCUUCCAUCCCAAUGGCCGAAGCUUCUCCAGCGGUGGUGAGGACGGUUACGUGAGAAUCAACACGUUUGAUCAAUCCUAUUUUGAUUUUCAUUUCGAAUAUUAAAUUAUUGAAUUUGUAGCUGAAUUCGACAGUGAAGGGGUCCAAACAUUUAUUAAUUUUCUAAGAUCUCUCUCGACAUUUUACAUUGAAAUCCCUCUGAUUAUUGGAGAAUUAACAUUUGGAUAUUCAUAUAAUUAAUACAGAUGAAUGUUUAUUCAAUAAAAAGCCUUUUGUCAUGUUUUCUUCGAACAAUUGAAAAACAAAAAAUUGGGAUGCUCAUUGAAUCAAUGCGGAUAACCGCCUAAUAAUUAGAAAUUCAUGUGAAGAAUGAACCACCCCAUGAUGUUUAAUUGAAUAGAAUAUUAAAAUUAAAUCUACACACUUCACUGACGAAUUCUCCACCUCCGAAGUCCUCAAAAUUGAAUAAAUUGUAAACCGCAAUUCCGCAACCUACACUCGGUAAUUUGUAUUAAUAAAAUUAUGUUAAAUACAA